AUGCGUUCUCCGGGAGCCUACACAACCUACUACCCGUCGUCACGGCAGUACUACCCGAGUGAACCUCGAGUGAUCUAUAUCAAUCCGGAAGACUACGACACUGGAUACAGCAGACCCCGCCAACAGUACGCUCCCAAAGCCCAAUACCUACAGCCACCACCAAUCUUUACUAAAUAUACUUGCUAUAGACCUGAAGAAUACAUCCAGCGAGAACCCAGAUCAGGAAGAAGGGUCCGCUUUGACGACCAACCGCAGUAUGAACGCCCGCCGAGACCUAGCUCUCCCGAUAGUUGGAGACCAACACGUUCUGGCGUGCAGUAUGAAGUGCGUGAGCCAAGAGGUACAGCACCAUCGCGUCUCUUUGAGAGAGAAAGGAGGCCUUACCCUCCUCCUCCCGAGUCCGAUGUUCCUCUUCGGUCUUCGCAACCCCGAUACUAUGAGACGAGAGAACCUCGCUCUUACCGGGAGGGAAGGAGGGAGAUGGACCGCGCAGCAAGGCGCGUGAAAACCCGCAGCGGCUACUUCCGUGGUUGGUGGGCUUUCACCUGA